UCCGCGCUGGAAGACCGGCCCGAAACCGGCGAGAUCAGCGUCGAAACAACGCCCAAAAUCAGCCCGAAUCCCCCCCCCCUUUAAAAAAUAUCCCCUCUAAAACAGACGAGCUAAACAAAAUCGGCGACAAAUAACCCAGUGUGCGUCAAAACCCCAACGAACAGCCUGGGACAGUGAUGAGAGAAGACUGAUUUUACUAUAUAUGAACUGCGAGCUUCACAUGAACCACAUUAAGUUGUUCAGAGAACUGACUUACAGAGAAAGGACCAUGAAAGAUUUUGAAGAGCUGAGGAAACUGUGCUGUACUGAUAAUCCUGAUGAAAUUGAGAUGACUGCAACAAGUAAUGGUAUCGAGAAGGGCAUAAAGAGGGGUGGAAACUUUAUGUCUCCCACUGGGAAGGACGUCCUAAAACUGAAAAAGAAGAAAGAGGUGCUGUGUGGGAAUUCUUCCACUAUGAUUAAGGGCCAGAAUGGAGAAAGCAUGGAAGACGUGUGUUUAGAUGUGGAAAGGAAAGGCCAGAAGAACUUUGCACAAGAAAAAAAGAAAUCUGUGCUAGAACAGAAACAGGUCAAGACACGUUUCGAUGAAGGCUGUGUUGACAAACCAGGAAAAAUCAAUAAUGCGAACACUGAAGAGAAGGCUAAACACAAGACCAAGUGUGUUGGACGCACAGCUAAAACAAAUAAGGAGACUCCAUCACUCAGUGACAGUCAGUAUGAAAAGCUCUUCCAGUCUGUCAUAGACAAGACUCUCGAGGAAUGCAUAGCUAGUAGUAAGAAGCAUGAGCUGCAAAGCUUUCAGGAGGAAAGUGAACUGCUGCUUGCCAGUGAGAACACUGAACCCUCCAUAAACAACGGUAGUGAGGAUUUAGAGAUGCAGGGAAUUCGGAAAAUAAAGACCAAAGCAAAGGACAAGAAAGUAAACAGAUUGUCUCGGAAAAAUAAAAUGAUCGCCAAUAUAAAUGAGGCAAGUGAAGCUAAUAAGGAAGGAAGAAAGCAUAAACGAAAAGGCCAGCCAAAGAAAAUUGUUCCCGACUACACCAGAUUUAUUGAUGAUGAUGAGGAAACCGCAUUAGAGUUCAGCAGCCGGCCCAGCCCCUCCUUCGUCGCCACAUCCAGGUCAGACACCUCCAGAGGGAGCGGGUCCAUGGAGCCUUCUCGUGGGGAUAAUAGCCACGAUAUGCCAGCUGGCAACUCCGAUCCAUGGGCCACACCAGCGGCCAUGAGAGAAUACCUGCCAAAGGAGGAGGAGGAGAGUGUCCAGGAUAGUCCAGCACAAAAUGCUUCCAGGAGUCUUUCAAGGGGUACUAGGGAGGUUGGCCAGUAUAGAAAUUCUGUGUUUGGGUGCCAUCAGCUAGAGGGAGAGGUUGGGGAUGUUCUUGCUUCCAAAUUCUUGGAGCUGCAGCAGGAAGGUUUUCACAUCCUGCACAGGGAUUUAAUGCAGCUGCAAGAAACCCUGGGAGAAGGGAUCAAUAGCUUUUCCCGCAAACUUGCCAAGAGGCUGGUCAGAAUGUCCAAUCAAAUGUCAGUUUUAGUAGAACUCCUACGUAGCAUUAAUACUGCCCUGGUACCUGGUCCCUCUGUGCAGAUUUCAGUCGCAUGUCAAACCAAUAGUAAGGAGGUUCAAGACCCUUCUGGGACAAUGUCUACCCAUACUACCACAGAGCAGGUUGGGCCAGAGCCCAUAAGCAGCAUGCUGCCCAGUCCUCCUUUUCUGUCUGCCACACUCAGGAAACGUCGGUCGUCUACGACAACAAGGAGUGAAGACAAACCUUCAAAAGUAGUUAGAGUGGGUGUUUAAGAGUGGACUGUUGACUGGUGUGCAGCUUGUCUGAAACGUUGAAAUUGUUGCUCGUCAAUGAAAUUUGUAUAAUAACUGGUUAUUUUAGCAGUUGUAUUUGCUCACUUGAAAUUUUAUAACUUAGGAAAGGGGAAGGUAUUUUAUUUGGUGAGGUAGUUUGGCCAUGUUGGCUGUCUCAUGUUGAUGUUUUGUUCUGCGUUGAAAACAGUGAAUGUGCAAGGGUGCCUUUGGGUGCCAGUUUGUUGAGGUCUCCCAGUUAUUUGUUAGUUCACAGAAGUGUAGAUCAGAAAGAAAUAUCUCUGGACAAAUGAGGUAAAAAUGCACAGUUUGUCUACUUCCAUUUAAAACUGUUAGGUUUCUGUUUCCCAUUAGAAGCCAUUUAAAUUUCCUUUUUCACAGGGGAUGGGUGGCAGUGGUGUGGAAACUGUAAACUUGGAAAGCCCUUAAAAGGGAACCACAGAGCUAUAGUAUAAUGCUCUUAUGCACCAUCUUACCGAGUGGCUUAAAAAACAAGGAAGGAUGAGUUUACUAGCAAUAACAUAGAAGCUUAGUAACUUUCUGAACAUGGUCAGUCUGCCAGAAGGAAUUAUUUGGUGGAAUUUAAUAAUCACCCAAACUGCACUUGUACAGUCCUAAAGGCUGAUUCGUAGCAGAAGCCCCAAGGUAAGCUGUCUGCUUCUUCUGAGCAGUUGAUAGGGGUAUGGAGCUGGUGCAAGGAGAAUGAGGGAAAGCGAAGAAUAAAUGGGGUGUAAAAUGAGCAAAUAAAUACCAGUUUUUGUGUUUCCACAUGUGAAACAAUAAAUAGUCCUGCCUAUGCAAUCCAUUAGUUUUGUGUUA